CAAUACUCUCAACAUAUAUUAAAUACCGUAGGCUAUUACGACAAGUUGUAAUGAAACUAGUUCAAAAUUUCAUCUUACCUAGCAACAAACACACAUUACACUAUUAGUUAGUAACAUCCCCUAGCAAUUACACCAACCACCAUGUCCACCAAAGAAUGCGGCCACCACGGCGACGAGCACCGCCGCAAACUCCUCCGCCUAAUAAUCGCGGCCGUAGCCUCACUAGUCUUCCUAAUCCUCCUAACCAUCUUCAUAAUAUACCUCAUCCUCAAACCAACAAAACCUCACUUCAUGAUCCAAGACAUAACCAUCUACAACUUCAACAUCUCUUCUCCAACUUCCUCACCUUUUCCCACACCCAACACGCUCUCCCUCACAAUGCAAGUCACACUCUCCACUCACAACCCUAACAACAAAAUUGGAAUCUACUACCAAAAGCUUCACGUCUACGCUUCCUACCGGAGCCAGCAGAUCUCGUUUCCGACUGCACUUCCUGAUACUUACCAAGGGCAUAAGGAUUUUACCGUCUGGUCGCCGUUUAUCUACGGCGUUGGGGUUCCGGUUUCGCCGUUUACAUUGAGCUCUUUGCAGCAGGAUGAGAGUAACGGAAUGGUGUUGGUUAGUGUUAAGGUUAAUGGAAGGGUUAAGUGGAAGGUUGGGAGCUGGAUCUCUGGGAGGUAUCAUGUUUUUGUUAACUGUCCUGCUUAUGUUAGGUUCGUCGGUGAUCGGAAUAAUGGAAUCGGAGUUGUGUCUCCGGCGGUUAAGUUUCAGGUUUUGCAAAGCUGUAGUGUUGAUGUUUAGUAAUUAGUGAUGAUGAUAUUAGUUUUUCUUUUUUAAUUUACAUUGUAUUAGAAUUGUUAGCUCAUGCUCUCCACCAUGCCCUAUUUUGUGUUCACCGAUUUCAUAAUAGAGUAUUGCAGUAAUUUUUCAAUG